CACGAGUAGCGUUAGUCUCGCGCAGCACAUUGCACGGUGUACUGGAUAAGCGUUGAUAAGUAAGAUUAAAAAAACUGUCUCGUGCUAAAAGUCCUGAGAGACCGGGUUUGACGCGAAUUAUUCUAAUAGUGUGUUUAAAAAAACCACUAUCCGCGUAUACGUACGUACACAUAUAUACAGAAAUAUAGACACUCGACGUAUUAACAUAUGCGCUUAAUUAGAUGAAGAACAGAAGAAAUUCUACGGAUAGAUGAAUAGAAGAGGAAAAAAGAUAAUUUUCUAAAGUACGACACGUUAUUGCUCAAAGAGAAAUAGAGGGGGGGGGAGAUACAGUUAGAAAGAGAAUAAAGUAGACAUUAAAUAGGAGAGGUCUUGUGUUACGAACGCGCACGUUGCCUUUCAACUUUGUUUAUCUAUCGAUUUUCCUCGUCAAGAGGAGAGAACGUAGCCAGACAUAACGAUUCGUCAAGAGACAAAGCUACGAAAGUAAGGAAAGAGACAUAUAUUUGCACGUGUAUAUGCGCGUGUGAGUAUAUAUAAUAAAAAAUAGAAGAAGAAGAAGAAAAAUUUGUAUCGGUGGGAAUGAAAUAGAUUUGGCCGUCGAUGAAAUUUCUUCUACCAUAUUAAGAAUACGUAAAAACGAGGACAAUACUAAUUUACUUAUCGUCGUGUUAAAUUGUCAUUAAAAGGAAAAGUUUAUUUAUUUCGGAGUAAAACUACGUACGAAUUAAACUCGGUUAAAGUAGACUUUACCAGUUAGUGGUCCCGCGCGCGCGAGAUAUUAACUUCAUUUCGAAGAAAAAGAAUAAGAAGAAGAAGAGGAAAAGGAAUAAGAAGAGGAAGAAGAUAGAGAAGAUAGAAAAGGUAGAAGGGAGGAGCCGGUAGAAGAUUUCUCGUAUCGAGAGACUCGCCUAUGUUACGAUACUUCAUCGAAUAAAUUCACAAUCACGACGAAAGACGAGAAGCCGAUACGGACAAGAUAUUUCUUCGUGGGGGUUGUGUGUGAUAAAUAAACGAAGCUGAGUGAAUAUAAAAAUAAAAUAAAAAAUAAAAGAAUCUCAAGAUGAAUAAGAUGGAUUACAUGGAAGUAACUUGCCCGAAUUAUUCUUACGUAUUUAAUUUUGAAGAAAAGUUUAUGCAUCAGGAUACAAGAGCUUGGAUGUUGAAACAUUGGACAAGUGCAUUUUAUUAUUGUGGUAUAUAUAUGAUAUUAAUAUUUGGUGGUCAACAUUACAUGGCUAGUAGACCGAAGUUUGAACUACGCGGUAUUCUCACCAUAUGGAACACCCUCCUAGCAUCAUUUUCGAUUAUUGGAUUCACCAGAACGGCCACUGAAUUCAUUCACGUUCUCAGGAAUCAUGGACUUUAUUACAGCGUUUGUAUACCAAGUUUCAUCGUUCAAGACCGAGUGUCGGGCUUUUGGACAUGGAUGUUCGUGUUGUCGAAGUUACCCGAGCUCGGUGAUACCGUGUUCAUUGUUCUACGUAAACAACCAUUAAUAUUUUUACAUUGGUAUCAUCAUAUUACCGUGUUGCUAUAUUCAUGGUUCUCUUACACGGAAUACGCAUCUUCUGCAAGGUGGUUUAUCGUAAUGAAUUAUUGCGUACAUUCGUUGAUGUACAGCUAUUAUGCUUUGAAAGCAAUGCGUUAUUCGCCACCUAAAUGGAUCUCGAUGCUGGUCACGGGAUUGCAAUUGUCCCAAAUGGUGAUGGGUUGUGCUAUCAACGUCUGGGCUUAUCAGUACCUGAAACAAGGACAGUCAGAGUGUCAUAUAUCACGACUCAAUAUCAGGCUUAGCCUGGCUAUGUACUUCAGUUAUUUUGUCCUAUUCGCACACUUCUUCCAUAAGGCCUAUUUCAGCAGAGGCUCAAGUAAAUCGAGCAAGAACAAAUUGUAUACUAAUGGAACUAUUACCACGGCUGAUGAUCACAUGAUCGUAUCUACGAAAUACGCGAAUGGUAAACUGAAGGAAAAUUAAGAAAUAGAAGAAGAAGAUGAAGAAGACAACUAUUAUUAUACAACAAUAAUAACAAAAUUUUCGGUGGGAAGAAGAAAAUAAAAGAAAAAAAAGAGAGAGAGAGAGAGAGAAAACACUCAGUAACGCAUAACAUUUAUGGUGCUCGCUAAAUGAGGAAGCAAAUAAUAUUUGUGUUAUGGGGGGCGGGGGGAAG